CCUCCGGACGCGCGGUCCGGGCCGCAGCCCGCGCCCCAAGCCGGCGGCGUCAUGAGGCACUUGCCGUACUUCUGCCGCGGCCAGGUGGUGCGGGGCUUCGGCCGCGGCUCCAAGCAGCUGGGCAUCCCCACAGCUAAUUUUCCUGAACAAGUAGUAGAUAAUCUCCCAGCUGAUGUAUCCACUGGCAUUUAUUAUGGUUGGGCCAGUGUUGGAAGUGGAGAUGUCCACAAGAUGGUGGUGAGCAUAGGAUGGAACCCCUACUACAAGAAUACGAAGAAGUCCAUGGAGACUCAUAUCAUACAUACUUUCAAAGAAGACUUCUAUGGGGAAAUCUUAAACGUGGCCAUCGUUGGCUACCUGAGACCAGAAAAGAACUUUGAUUCUUUGGAGUCGCUUAUUUCAGCAAUUCACGGUGAUAUUGAGGAAGCUAAGAAACGACUAGAUUUACCAGAACAUUUGAAACUAAAAGAAGACAAUUUCUUCCGGGUUCCGAAAAGCAAUAUACUGAAUGGCCACUGCUGAAAAAUCAUCUUAUUUAUUCAUUCACUCUUUCCUGGUAUUUCACUGUUCAUAACUCUGCAGUCUCAUCUUGGUCAUAUUUUAAAAAUCAAACAUUUUCCUACAGCUGUGAAUUAGUUUAAAUGUUACAAUGUAGUGACUAUAUUAUGCUUCAACUGUAAAACCCAUCAUGCCACAAUACUAAAAAGAUUCAUUUAAAAAUCAAGGCUCUUUUUUAUGUAUUAUGUUAAUGAAAACUUUCAAAUCUUUUCAAAAUAUGCCACUAGAAAGAUCUUAUAUUCUUAUGAUGGAAAUAAAGUGUAUGUUAGUCUGGAUGCGAAGGCAGGUAACUAGUUUGAGAUGAGAAGGGUAAUUCUCCUGGUAAGAUACCAGCAUAUCUGUACAUGUGUGGCACAUCCAGCUAAACAGAAAAGGCUUAUGGAAGUACAUGCAUUAAAAACAGAGGUUUGGGAGUUAAUUAUAAACCUAAGGGGGAAAAUCCAUACUUUGUAUUUUUGAUGUAUUGUACAUUUACAUAUUUUAUUAUAGACAUUGGAAACUUGGCGACAUUUCAUUUUAGUCAUUUCCUUUUUGAGUUCAAAACAUUGUGCUCAUCCAUUUUUUUUAUAAACCUGCCUCAGUUCUAACUCAAUUCUUGACUCCCUCCUCCUACCAUUUGUUGAUUGUUUUUUUAAGACAAAGGAAAAUGAAUGUUUUUCAAAUCUAUAGGCCUCAUUUUUGUGUUGGAUAACACUUCUCUCUCCUUUUUAAGAGUAGAUAUCCUUGUUCAACAUUUUUCUUGAUUUCGGUCUUUUUUCCAUUAAGUGAUUGCCAGUAUCAGUUUUUGUCAACUUAGAAUAUCUUACAGCUGUACACUUGCAAGAGAUGGAGUGUGUCUGUAGUGUUUCAUCCUUUCACAGUGUGGACAGUGAUUACCAUGUAGAUCUGUACUGCAUUUUUUUUGGGGCAGGGGGACUUCAUCUUUAGGUUUCCUCAAGAUUUAAAUUAACGCAUAGCAGUUCGUUUACAUGCACCAGUUGCUUAAGGAACACAAAAUGGUUGUCCCCCGCCCCCUGGGAAACUAAGAGCCAGUGAAACGAUGAAAAAUAAAAGGUUAUUUAUUUUUAAUGUAAUUGUAUGGUCCUCAGCAAAUCCAAACUCUGUGCAUACACAACUGUAGCAAUGUAACUUAAUGCCGGUCUAAAUAGUGCUUGUAGCUGAGGGAAAAGGCAUAGAUAAUAAAGUUUCAGUUAAACUACAUCCUAUGCAUUUUUCCUCUUAACUGUGAUUUUUGGGCACUUGAGUCUUGUUCAUAUUGGCAGAAAUUUGAAAUCUUUGGAUAUUUAGGAAGUUAAGAUUGCAGAUUGUUUGGGGCCACUCAAGUAGUACACUGUGUCAUCAUUCAUCUUAGCACCAGAUUUGGGGGGCAGGGGCAGUAUGUAGGUGGUAAUUUUAAAGGUGAUAGCAACUCAGUAUAAAUCAGUUUCCCCUAAAUCAGCAUUAAUGAAUUAGAACUGACUUUAAUAAAAAUACUUACAAAAUGUCUAGAAAAAUGUCUUAUUCCUGAUGUUAGAGCAGGGGGAAACGUGGAUAAAUUCAGUUGAAUUGUGCUUGACUUUAUGGUGUAUGGAUUUGUGGUAAACAAAGCAGUUUAUGGCUCUUUUUUUUUUAUUAUUAAAAUUUUUAGGAAAUGUAUAAUAUUUUGGUUUUGUUAAUUUUAAAUGUUAGAAAUCCAGUACUUGAAAGAUGCCUAAAUUAUGAAUGGCGUUAUGAAACAAAGUUAAAAACAAACAUGUAAAAUGUGAAAACAGAUUUGUGUGUGUUUUGUUUGACUAGCUUGCUGCUAAUCAUGUCUUCAUAGGUGUGAAAGUUGUUUGCUGUGUUCAUUGUCGCCUCGCGUUUUAUGAAAUAGCCACCGCUUCGAAAAUCUUAGUGUGUCAUUUAGGGGUCAGGUAAUAGUAUUGCAUUUAUACUUUCAAAAGUUUUAUAUUAAAUAUUUAUUACACAAAAUUACAGUAGUAACAAUUUGAUUAGUCUGAAUAUUUUCAAGCACUGAAAUAAAUUUUGACUAAGUGAUA